AUGAAACAGAUUCUCAGCCGGCCGGUCCUCACCGCAGCCUCACUCCUCUCGAUGCUGCCACUCACAUUCGCCCAAAACGCCCAAGUCAAAGUCUCAUUCGACUCGACGUUCCGAACCGUCGCCCCCCCAAACGACGCCUUCGCACAAGACGCCUCACACGUCCGCGUCGUAUCAGCCAUCCUCCUCGCCCUCUCCCUCAUCUUCGUCCUCAUCUCCAUCGCAGAAAGCAAGCGCUGGUCCUCCACCGUGCCCACGGCCCUGACCCUCGGCGCCGCGACCUGCGUUCUGCCCGAGGCCGUGGACAACUACCUCGCAAACUGCUACUGGUCGCAGUCGCACGACCCGUCCCAGCUCAUGUUCACCUUUCUCGGCCGCGAGUUCGACCUGUACGUCGGCAUCAUCUGGUGGUCCUUUGGCGCCGUGCUCGGAUGCACCAUCUUUGGCGCGCUCAUGCGCGGGGUCAGCAAUAAGACGCUGCUGGUGUUUCUUGGCCUCGCGGGUCUGUUCGACGUCGUACUGGAGGAGUGCCUGCUCAACUACGGCGGGCUAUACCUCUACUACGGGCACCAACCCCUCGUGCUGUUUAGUUUGUUCCCCUGCUGGUGGGCAUUCUGCAACGUCUCGGCCGUGUUUCUAGGCAUCGCCAUGACGUACCGGUACCGCGAGUGGUUCAACGGGUGGAAGGGCGUCUUUGUGCUGCCGAUACUGCCCUUUUGUUACGUUGCGGGUUGGUCUCUGGCGGCUAUGCCUACUGUAUAUGCUGUUCACGCCGACUAUAAGCCCGUUGUCACGCAGCUGUGUGGCAUUCUUACGUGUUGUUUGGCUUUGCUCCAGAUUGGGGUCGUUAUGGAUGUUGUUCUUGGGAGGCAGGUGUUUGAGUCCGGCCACACUUCAGGUCGCGUGGUUCGAUUUGAGGAGAAGACGUGGUCGGUCAAGUCUCGCAAGUAG